CCCACUAGCAUACAGUCCCACACAAACCUCCUGUUGUACACGUUGUCGAACUGGCGGCAGAGGGAUGGACAAGUUUAGCAGUGGUUCUGCACUUCAUUGGGAUUAUUGAAUCAAGAUGAGUCCGACUGUUACACUCGAGCGGAGAGUCCGGAGUGAUGACAUGUUGUCGGUACGUAUAAAGGGAUCCAGACCGUGCUGUGUGUGUGUGUGUGUGUGUGUGUGUGUGUGUGUGUGUGUGUGUGUGUGUGUGUGUGUGUGUGUGUGUGUGUGUGUGUGUUUGUGUUUGUGUUAGUUGUGUUCGCUUGUGAAUAUCACGUUUUAAAAACACGGUAGAAAAGGUGCGCACACGCAUUCUAGUAUGUGUGUUUAUACCGUGGAUCCAGCUUUACGCACAGACACACAGACGAGCUGUCCUCACCGGGCGUCUUUGUAGAGCCCAAUUGGUCCUGUGGCAAUAGAUAUUACGCUCCAGACACCACGUGUUGGUUCGCAUCAGCCAAGUAAUUGCCGGGGCUGAUGUGAGCUACUAUAUAAACCACACAUAGGGGGGGGGGGGGGGAGAUCCACCCCAGCCUCCAAACAUUAAACCACAUUUACGGUUUCAAAACGGUUCUCGUUUUUCCGCCUCCCUUCAUCUCACCGGCUGAUGAUUUUCUUCCUUCUUUUUUUUUUUUUUUCAUCCACCUUUUUUUAUUUCCCUUUUUCUAACCCUAUAGGCCCUGUGUUAAAUGUGUGGUUUCGACGAGCGACUUCAUGGCAAAUGUGUUAAUCGGUGGCGACUCGUCGCUAUAAAUAGUACUCUUAGGUAUAGUAAAAAGAAAAAAAAAAGUAGUGGGGCAAUUCGUAAGCUACCUUUCCUCCAGUCUUUUGAAAUCUUUGUGUGCGUGCCUUUGUGAUUGUGUGUGUUCGUGCGCGCGUGUGUGUGUGUGUGUGUGUGUGUGUGUGUGUGUGUGUGUGUGUGUGUGUGUGUGUGUGUGUGUGCGUGUGCGUGUGUGUGUGUGUACAUAUGCCUGCGGGCGGCGUGGGAGCUUUUUUAGUUUUGACACAAAGACUUCAAUGACGCACCUGGAGCGCCGUGCGCUUUGAGUUUGCGCUAAAGGAAAGAAAGACCAAAAAAAAACUUUUCAAGCAUCUGGGUUCGCUCUCUCCGACGAAUCGGACCCUUUCCUUUUGUAACACGGUUGUACUGUAUGUAACGUGCCUGGAUUGUUUUUCUCUCCAAACAUGAACGACUGUUUCGGAGGAGUUUCGGACACGGACUCCGGCGCGCAAAAAUGAAACGCUUCUUCGGUUUCCACAGCGAGGCUCAGGAACUAAAGUCACCGAGGUUCGCUCCAAAGCGGGUUUCUACCCGGAGAGGACUUCAUGUCGUUUUGAAGGAAGGCGCCCAGCAAAGUUUGUAGAAGAGGAGAGAGAGGGAGAGAGAAAGAGAGAGGGAGCGAGGGACACAUAGAGAGAAGAAGAAGAAGAAGAAGAAGAAGAAGAAGAAGAAGAAGAAGAAGCAGAGGGGUUUUGAGAAGCUGCGUGUCUGCGUGUGUUUGUGUGUGUAUGUAUGCGUGUGUUUGUGCGCGCGCUUCGCGAGUCCCAUUUUCCGUUGGCAGAUGUGCUGAAGUUUGAAGCGCACUGCGCUCCGACAGCAGUCCCGCGUCAGGCGAGAGGAGUCGGAAGAAAGAGCUCUCUCUCGCGUUGUGUGUCGCGCUGCGUGUGUGUGUGUGUGUGUGUGUGUGUGUGUGUGUGUGUGUGUGUGUGUGUGUUUGUGUGUGUGUGUGUGUGUGUGUGUGUGUGUGUGUGGUGUGUGUGUGUCACGCGUCUCUCCGCGCCACGUUUCCUCGCUUUGGUGGCGGCGACUUCAGCUCAUCUAAAGGUGGGGGGGGGGCUGUUGUUGUGAUGCGCAUUCCCGUAGAUCCAAGCGCCAGCCGGAGGUUCAGCCCGCCGUCCAGUAGCCUCCAGCCGGUCCCGGGGAAGAUGAAUGACGUGAACUCCCCCACGGGUCAGGCGGACGCGGCGGCGGUGCCAAGGCUGCGGCCGCACGAGAACCGCAGCAUGGCGGAGAUCAUAGCGGACCACCCGGCCGAGCUGGUCCGGACAGAUAGUCCUAAUUUCCUGUGCUCGGUGCUGCCGUCCCACUGGCGCUGCAACAAGACGCUCCCCGUGGCCUUCAAGGUGGUGGCCCUAGGGGACAUCCCGGACGGCACGGUCGUCACGGUGAUGGCGGGGAACGACGAGAACUACUCGGCGGAGCUGCGGAACGCGUCGGGGGUCAUGAAGAACCAGGUGGCGCGCUUCAACGACCUGCGCUUUGUGGGCCGCAGCGGCCGAGGCAAGAGCUUCACCCUGACAAUCACCGUAUUCACCAACCCCCCACAAGUGGCCACUUACCAUCGGGCCAUAAAGGUCACUGUGGACGGUCCUCGUGAGCCCCGACGCCAUCGUCAGAAGCUUGAGGACCCCCCAAAGAGCGGCCUGUUCUCCGACCGCCUCAGCGAGCUGGAAAGGAUACGGCAGACCACCAUGAGGGUGGGCGUUCCCACGCAGGCCCCCCGCCAGGCUCUGAACGCCGGGCCCAACUCCUUCAACCCCCAGGGCCAGACGCAGAUAACCGAUCCUCGUCAGUCCCAGUCCUCGCCCCCCUGGUCGUACGAGCAGACGUACCCGUCCUACCUGAGUCCCAUGGCCUCGCCCUCCGUCCACUCCACCACCCCGCUGUCCUCCAGCCGGGCCACUGGCCUGCCCGCCAUCAGCGACGUGCCCCGACGCCUGCCAGGCUCGUCGGACCUGAGCCCCUUCCCCGGCCAGUUCGAGCGGCAGUUCCCAGGCCUCUCCUCCCUGACGGAGAGCCGCUUCUCCAGCCCCCGGAUGCACUACCCGGCCACCUUCACCUACACGCCGCCCGUCACCUCCGCCAUGUCGCUGGGCAGCGCCCACUACCACACCUACCUGCCGCCGCCGUACCCGGGCUCCACCCAGAGCCAGAGCGGGCCCUUCCAGACCAGCAGCACGCCGUACCUCUACUACGGCGCCUCCUCCGCCGGCUCCUACCAGUUCUCCAUGGUGCCCGGCGGCGGGGACCGCUCGCCGUCGCGCAUGGUGCCGCCGUGCACCAGCGCGUCCACCGGCAGCACGCUGGUCAACCCCAACCUGCCCAGCCAGUCGGAGGGCGGCGGCGGCGGCGGCGGCGGCGGCGUCGACGGCGGCGACGGCAGCCACAGCAACUCCCCCACCGUGCUGAACUCCGGGGGGGGGGGAGGGCGGGGCAUGGACGAGGCCGUGUGGCGGCCGUAUUGAGGAGAGGGGGGGGGG